GUUUUUAUUUUCAGUCCUUUUGGGAAUUUCGUUAUCUCUAAUUAAGAUCUAGAAGACCUAGAAUAAGAUAUAGAUUUAUUGAAGUGAAAAACUAGGGCCUUUGAUGGGAGGUUUUACCGAAAAGGAAAACUCUUGAUUACUGUUAAUGCUAUUUAAAUUUAAGUAUUUUAAUUGUGUCAAUCGACUAAAUCUUUUGAGUAACAUAGUUGCUUAUUAAAUAUACCAUAAGCCUAAUGAGAUUUUACAGUUCACUAGGACUUCAGAAUAUAAAGGAAAGAUGGAUGAAGAAAGUCAUUCAGCUGUUGGACUAGCCCUAAGACGAGCUCUCACCACAAGGGAACUGCAGACUAUGCUCCAGAGUAAAAAACCUGGUGAUGUUCUUCUCCGAAUAGCUCAGAUUGAUGGAGGCUUUCAAAAGCUCCUAGAGGAAUUGGGAAAUGAUGUGAAAACCUUGGAAUUAACUAUCAAAGUUAUACAAUAUGCUCUGAGUGAUCACAAAAACUCUCAGAGACAAGCUGUCAUUGAUGUACUUCAUAUGGUUAUGAAUGCUUCACAAUUUCAUGAUAGGAUCUUGCAGAGUCUGACAGGACGACUUGGUGAUAACGCCAAAUAUAUUCAAGAUUUGCUGGUGAUUCUCAAAAUGUUGCUAGAAGCAUUUCCCAAUAAUGCCCUCAAAACAUUUUCAUUUCUUUUUACCCACCUGGAACAAGCUGUUAACCUUAAGUUCCCUGCAUUAGUUGAAGAAAAGGAUGAGGUCAAAGAAAUUUUUCUCAGGCCCAUAAGAAAUAUUGGAACAGAAGAGGAAGAAACAGGUCAAGGAGGUGGAGCUGUUGCACAACAAGAUCAAGAAGUUGAUCCUAACCUUUUCCGUGGACUCAGUAUUAUUCCUUUAGCAGAGGACUUUGACCCUGCUCAGUCUAUUGCAGUGCGUGCAAAUAAAAUACAAGGGAGGUAUCAGAAUGUUAAUGACUAUCUUGAUAUGCAGUUUCGUCUCUUGAGAGCAGAUCUACUCAUCCCAUUGAGAGAAAACAUUCAUAACUUUUUAAAUGGUGAUGCUAAAAAAGGCAUCAGGGCAUAUUCACAAGUUAGGAUUGUCAGACCAGUAUGUCAUGAUAAUGGACUUUGUUUUCGUUUGUCCUUUGAUGUCUCCAAGUUUCGCAGAGUGAAUUGGUCUUUUUCUCAAAGACUGAAAUAUGGCUCACUUUUGUGCUUGUCUUCUGACAACUUUCAAACAUACAAGUGUGCUAUUGUUGAAAAUAGGGAACCAAAAGAUCUUGCUAAAGGUUUAGUUGAUGUGCAGUUCAUUCUCCCACGUCAAGGGCCAGAUGUAGAUGUUGGAGGACAUAUGGAGUUUGUGAGACUCAUUGAUGAAGCACGGGACCAACGCUUUGUCAUGGUAGAAUCACCAACAUAUUUUGAAGCAUACAAAUAUGUCCUGCUAGGCCUUCAGCAAUUUACUGAAAAUAAUUUUCCAUUUUGGGAUUACAUUGGAGAAUGUGUAACUGACAUCAAUCCACCACAAUAUCUUGCAGGGGAAAGGAAGCUAUACCAGCUUCAGCCGCUGGUGGAUAAAUCUUUCAUAAUAAAAGAUGAAAGGGAUAGAAAUGUAAAUUUUUCUAGAGAAGCGCAAACUGCCGCCAACAUAGAUGUUCUUGACCUUGAGUCAUGGCCUAAAGCAAAUACUUUUGGGCUCGACCAGUCUCAGUUUUUAGCUUUACAGUCAGCCCUCACUAAAGAGUUCUCUUUGAUUCAGGGUCCACCUGGCACUGGAAAAACUUUUAUUGGCUUGAUGGCUAUGAAAGCUUUACUUUAUAAUAAAGACAUUUGGACUGAGGAUGAGGAUCCAAAGCCUAUUCUUCUUGUCUGUUAUACUAAUCAUGCUCUUGAUCAAUUUCUUGAAGGAAUUCUAGAUUUUUACAAAGGAAAACUAGUUCGGGUAGGCUCCAGAAGUAAGAGUGAGAGAUUGGAAGAGUGCAACUUAAGAGGAAUGAGACACAGAGCUCGAGAGAAUCGUAUGGUGCCUUUGGAUGUUCACUUAGCAAAACGUCAGACACACACUCAGAUGAAUGACCUCAAAGCAGAUAUUCACAAAGAAGCUGCAAAGCUUGAGAUUUUGGAAAGAGAAAUUGUCAAAGAAUCCUUCCUGAAAAAAUUUAUUCAUCCUCGUCACUAUCAACAGCUGACAGCUCGUUCUUCUAGAGAGAAUGUACUACCAGGUUGGCUAGGUAUUUUAGAAGAUAUUCAUAAAUUAGAAACAAAAGAGAAAGACAAUGGUCAAAAAAACAAGAAUAGAAAUCAAUUAGAAGAAACUGAAGAAGAUGAGGAAAUUGAUAAUGAUCUAGUUGAAAUUGUUGCUGGUGAGCAGCCUGAAGAUCAACUUGACGUUGAUGAAGAUGAUGAAGAAGAUGAUGACUUAUUUGCAGAGCUUCAAGCUAACCUUGGUGAAGAAUUUGCAGAAGCUUUUAAGAAUACUAGUAAAAAGCUGGAUGAAGCCGACAAAGAAGCAGCAAGAAUUAAAAUAGAAAACACAGCUUUUAACAUAAGUAACUUUGGUGAUGAGCCUACUCCUCCAAAUUUAUCCAAAAAAGAAAAAGCUUACUGGAAAAGUCUUAUUCCCUUAAAAAAACGUUACAGGUCAAUACUUCUUGGACAUCUUCAGAAAACAGACAGAAUGACCCAAGAAGAAGCUGAAAAUUUAGUUAACAUUUGGAAAAUAAGCAGGAAAAAUAAAUGGAGGCUUUAUCGUUAUUGGAUUGAUUUAUAUUCUAAGGAGAUUCGAGAAGGAAUAAGAGAGAACUCAGAAAUGUAUGAGCAGAAAGCCAGAAGAUAUCAAGAGAUUUUGCACCAAGAGGACAAAGCCAUUCUUGAAAAGGCUACUAUCAUUGGUAUGACCACAACAGCAGCAGCUAAAUACCAAGGGAUCUUAAGGGAAAUUGGACCAAAGAUUGUCUUAGUGGAAGAAGCAGCUGAGGUCUUUGAGGGUCAUGUGAUUACAUCUCUGACUGACCAAUGCCAGCAUGUCAUUUUGAUUGGUGACCACAAACAGCUUCGACCUAAUCCUUCAGUAUACAAGUUAAAACAAAAAUUCCAUAUUGACAUCUCUUUGUUUGAGAGACUCAUCAUGAAUAAAUUUCCUUAUGAUUGUCUCAGAUACCAACAUAGAAUGCGUCCUGAAAUUUCCACAUUAUUAAAAAUCCCAGAUUUGUAUUUAGAUCUUUGCGACCAUGAAGUUGUGAAGACUUACCCUCAUAUCUUAAAAAUUAAAGGAGACAUUGCUUUCAUUCAGCAUUAUGCUCCAGAUGAGCAAGAGAAUGACACCAAAACUUUUAAAAAUUCAUAUGAAGCUGAAUUACUUAUUGGCUUAUGUGAAUAUCUUCUACAACAAGGCUACACAUCUAAGCAAAUUACAAUUCUCUCGCCAUAUGCAGGACAGAUCCAUCACAUCAAAACUCUUUUAGAAACAAUGCCCAAAUCUCAGACCACAGCUUCAAAAAUGAAAGGCUUAAAGAUUUCAUCUGUGGAUAACUAUCAGGGAGAAGAAAAUGACAUCAUUUUGCUGUCUCUUGUGAGAAGCAAUGUUGAUAAUGAUAUUGGUUUUCUCAAAGCGAAUAACCGAAUUUGUGUGGCACUUUCUAGGGCCAAGAUGGGUCUCUAUGUUGUAGGCAACUUUAUUGGACUUGCUGAGUCAAGCCCACUUAUGAAUGAGAUUUUGAAAAAGGCUGAUAAACUUGAAUAUCUUAAAGAUCAUAUUGUGCUGACUUGCUUGCGCCAUAGAGGUAAAGAAACCAUUAUCAGACAUCCUAGUGAUUUUAAAAAUGUUCCUGAAGGGGGUUGCAGACAAGCUUGUGGUGUACGCUUAGACUGUGGGCACAGCUGUAAAAGAAUUUGUCAUGCCGAUGAUCUCGACCAUAAAGUAAACAAGUGCAAUGAGAAAUGUAAGCAGGUGUGUGAUAAAUGCAAUCAAAGCUGCAAGGGAGCUCAUAAGUGUGGUGAGCAUGACGUCUGCCGUUUGCCAGUGGAUAAACGUAUUCCUAUUUGUAACCAUAUACAGAAGGUUCCUUGCUAUUUGGAGCCAAAUCAGUUUGAAUGCCUGGCUCAGUGUGGUGAAACACUAUCAUGUGGUCAUCCUUGUAGAGAGAAAUGUGGCCAGUUACAUGAUCACUCAGAUGAAAUAUGUAAAGAAAAAAUUGAGAUAGUACCAAAAUCUUGUGGACAUGGGAAAUUCAGAACUGAAUGUUGGAAAAGAACAGAGGAUGACUUCUAUCUCUGUCCUCAACCUUGUCAGACAGUUCUUGAAUGUGAGCAUGUGUGCCAAGGGACCUGUGGAAAGUGCCUUAAUGGCCGCUUGCAUCUGAACUGUCAACAAAAGUGUCAGAAAAUACUGAUCUGUGGUCACGAAUGCAAAGACAAGUGCAACAGCUGCCCUCCUUGCUCACAACCUUGUGAUGUUGCCUGUGUUCAUUCUCGUUGUCCUAAAAAGUGUGGGGAACUAUGUGUACCAUGUGUGGAGACAUGCUCAUCUGGCUGUGUCCAUCAAGAAUGUGAUGAAGACUGCUUCAAGCCAUGUCCUCAUCCUCCUUGUGAUUCUCCUUGCCUUAAGACAUUACCAUGUAAACAUAAGUGCCCUGGUCUGUGUGGAGAGAAAUGUCCCAGGCUAUGUGUAAUCUGUAAUAAACAGGAACUCAUAGAUACAAGCCUAUAUGGCUAUGAUGGUGAUUCAUCAACUACUUUCAUUGAGCUAGAUUGUGGCCAUGUACAAGAAGUGGAUUUUAUGGAUCAAUGGAUGGUAACCUCUACAACAUCCUCUGGCGAUCAGCAAGCUAUUGGCUUAAAAGCUUGCCCAGUGUGCAAAACACCCAUUAGAAAAUGCAAUCGUUACAAUGCUCAGAUAAAGAAAAUGCUCAUCCUUAUUGAGAAAGUUAAACGUAAAUGUAUUGGUGAAAAACUGAGAGACAUGAAAGAGCAGUUGGAACGUGAAGUAGCAAAAUCACGAGGAGAAGAAAAGCAGAUCAUUGAAACCUUCCUUGAAGAAGGAUAUGAAGUGGCCUCAGAGACAAUCAUAGAGGCAGAAAUAAAUCAAAUAAUCAUUUUCAAACAGAUUUUCGCAUUACAAAGAGAAGCAAUGGAAUGUAAGGGACGAUGGCAAAAUAAAGCUCAAAGUUUUGACCAAAUCUACCAGGACUUGCAAUGUUUUGAAGACUGGAUCUUGUCAAGAAGAGCUGUAUUUUCUGAACAGAAUAAGGAGGAUGCUGAAUUAGAAAUAAACCGCCUUAAUUUGUUAAUUAAUCUUCACAAAAUUGAUCAGAAUGCUAAAAUCAGAGGCAUACAGCUUAAUGAUUCUGAAAGAAAAUUGCAAAAUUGUAUUAGAGUGUUGUCAAUGCAAGGAAGGGCAGAUAAGAGAACAAUAAAGACAAGCCAAGAUCUAUGUACUGAGCUUAAAAAGCAAGUACCUGACACACAAUUGACUCUUACAAAUGAAGAAAGACUGGCCAUUAUUCGUGCUGUCAAUGUUAGUGCUGGGGCCUGGUAUCAUUGCCCCAAUGGUCAUAUUUAUGCUAUUGGAGAUUGUGGUCAAGCAAUGGAAGAAUCUAGAUGUCCAGAUUGUAAAGAGAAAAUUGGAGGCACCAAUCACAGAUUGCUUCCAACCAAUGCUUGGGCUCAGCAUAUGGACAAUGCUCAACAGCCUAUUUGGCGCAAUGUAGAACGCGACCGUCAAUUGGCAGAGAGACUUCAAAGGCAACAAUUUAUUUAGUUUUGCUUGAAAAGCGUUUACUCUUUUAUAUAUUGUCAUUCAAAUUAUAGUAUGUUAUUGUAUAAUGACCUGAUAAUGUCUUUUUCAUUUACAUUGAUGUAUUAACUGGAACUAGGCAUUAAACUAUCAUUGCUCUCCUAGAGAUAAUUGUCGAAAUGUUGUUAUUUUGUUAAAGAUAUAUUUGAGUGUGGUUGAUUUUUAACUUUUUUGUGAUGCAAAUAUAAUGACUAUGUUCAAGAAGUAGUUGGCAUGAUUAAAUUAAGUUAUCAACCUCAAGCAUCAUUAAAAACAACUUUGGACUGAUAUGCCUCAUAAUGCACAAUAUAUAGAAAGAUGCUAGAUUUACCCUAUAUGGUUUACAAUUGAAACUAAAAGGAAGUAAGAUUGUUCAAGAUUUGCUACUUUGGCAGCAUAAUUACCUUCUUUUUUUACAUAUUCCAUUUUUUCUAAUCUACAACUACAGGAAUCUUAUGAUUUGAUAUAAUGCAGUUAAUUUUUUUUAAUUCUAUGAAAUGCAAUUAAUAAUAAAGCUUGUCUUCACGUCCAAAAUACAAUUAGUUGUUGAUUAACUAUCAAACAAACAAAAUAUGAAAGAACUAUUGAACCCAGCAUAUGAAAACUAAUUGAACAGAUUUUUUUUUGUCUUUCUUAAUUUCUUGUUCCAUCAUUGACUGUGAAACUUAUUUCUCUUUCUUUUUAAAAGAACACGAAAUACAUUACUGUAUCAUUGAAAAUGUAUAUUGUUUGAAACCCUACUCAUUUGGUGUUUAUACUCUGCAAUAUAAACACUUUGUCUACUAAAUUAAAAACACAUUACAAGUAACUGUGCUAUGAAAUAAAAACUUGUAUGGCAUGCUCAAAGACAAAAGCAUUCAAAAGUGAUUAAAUUAUAAACUGGUUGGUUGUGUACAUAAAAUACAUAUCAGGAUGCUGUUCACAUAUUUUAAUUUUAUAAAUAAAAUUGUUCUCAUUUUGCAAAAUACUUGCAAAUUGGCCAUUUUUUUUCUUAUUAUUUGAAGUACAUUUGAGUAAUAAUUAUGGUGUGAAACUUUGUGUGCAAAUCACAACAAUCACUUUUAACCAGAUUUUGUAAAAAUCGUAUUUUACUUAUAUAUAUAUAUAUUUAUAUGUAUUAUAUUAUGCAAAAAAUUUUUAAUAAAUGGUUUGAAUGAUAUUGAAUAUGUAUAUCCACUAGACUGAUGUAAAUUUCUCAAUAAUUUAUACAAUGUAAAAACAGAAUAUUUUGACUACUUAAUGAUUGAAAAUAUUCAGGUGAAGUAAUUGUAUACAUAACUGCUGUGGAUUUGGAUUUUACACUUAACAUCACAGUCAUGUGGAUUUUACACUUAACAUCACAGUCAUGUGGAUUUUACACUUAACAUCACAGUCAUGUGGAUUUUACACUUAACAUCACAGUCAUGUGGAUUUUACAAGUGAACAUCAUGGUCAUGUGGAUCAGGGUUGUUACCUGAAAGUUCAAAAAGUUGUCAAUAUACCCAUUCUUACAUAAGCUUUAAGAAGUAAUUUACAUAUUUAAGUUAAAAAAAAAAAAAGUCAAGUUCCUCUUUCAGACCUUGUGGUCUAUAGCCGUCUAUAGGGCAGAUGAUGUAAAGGUCAUCAUCAACCGCCUUUACUUUUCCCCAAAUAAUGUCAGGUACUCAUUAAAGAGGUGCCCAAAGAUUACAAAAUUAAAAAUACCAGUCUUCACCAGGAUUUGAACUCCAGACCUUGGUACAGAAGCCAAGCACUUUACUGCUCAGCUACCAGAACUCCACAUAUUUAAGAUAUGUAUAUGUAUUAUUGAAAUUGUUUUAAAGGCACAUAUCUUGUUCCAAAUUCUAGGAAAAAUUUGUACAAAUACUCCUUCUUCCCUAGUGCUAUUAGAGCAUGGAAUGGGUUGCCUGAAUCAGCUAAGAAAACCCACAACUUGGCUUAGUCUAAGUCAUUAACAUGCAUGACUAGAUUGACUUAGGACGUAAUCAUCUUUUUUAAAGUAUGUCUGUAUUUUAUUAGAUAACAUUUGUUGCAAGAACUUACAGCUGCUGACAUAAAGGUUGCUAACAAAAUUUUUCUAAUUCUACCAUACCUAAUUCAAUUUUUUUUUUUCCAAAAAAAAAAAUGAAUAAAGAAAAAGUCUGUAUCACUGAAAUAGUCCUUAGUUAAUAAGCCCAAUCUUAAUGCUGAGCUUUAUUAUCAAUAUGUUUCCAUAAGGCAUCAUUCUUCGAAUUUUAAUUCAAUUUCAUUUAGUUUCAGGAAUAUUAUAGCUGAGCUAUAAAUAAUUUGGCAUCUGAAUUGAAGGGGGAUGUGUUUGUAUCCCAGUGAAGACUAAGGUUUUGAACUUAAGGAUACUGAGGAAAACCCAGAUUUUAUAUUAUUCCAAUGGAUACCUGACAUUUAUUAGUAAAAGUGAAUGCAGUUGGUCAUUUUGACACCCUUGUUAACCUUUGGCCAUAGAAAAAGAUGAGCUCUACAUCAUUGGCUCUUAGACUGCAAAGUCUGAAAAGGGAGCUUAAUAAUAUAUUUGUACUUUUCAAAAAAUUUAUAUUGUUUUAAACCAAUACAUUUUUGUCUUUCAUUUUUUAAGUUUGAGAAUUAAUUAAAAAUUAAUGUAUUUCUUCUUUUUUGUUCUCAUUAUUACAUUGGAGGGUUCAGAUGACUAGAUCAGUAUUUGUGAGGAACUGUGGAGUGGUUUUUAAAUCAAGCAGCUCUCCAGAUAGUUUUUCUUCUAUAGAGAGGUCAUUGGGCCUGUGUCUUUUCUGGCCUCAUGAUUAUAGUGCAGUUCUAUAGGACAUGGUUGGUAUUCUAAAUUGUUGUAUGAUAUACACAGAAAACUAGCUUGUGGUUUUCACCUUCUCAUUUUAGCGCAUAACCACACAAACAUUUUGCUUGUGGAUAAUUAAUCUUGAUUUAGUGCCCCUAUACAAUGAUCAAUCACUUAAAACCUAUGCAAUAGAUAAUCUAUGUUGAUAGUUAGCCAACUGUCACAUUUGGUAGUCAACAAUCGCCAAAUUCCUUUUAACAAAUACCCCUUGACAUUAUCCUAGUCAAUUUCCCUUGUUAUUAAUGAUCUUGCACAUUGCCCUCCAGCGAGUCAUGUACUAAUCAUGUAUCUUAUUUAUUAAUUGUUUGUUUAAUAAUAAUUUACAUUAUUGUAAUGAUAAAUUAUAUUUUCUACUAUCUUUAAUAGUAAAUCUAUAUAGAGUCAUAUCUAGAAGGUGCAUUGCAAUAUAAGGGUUAAUGAAUUUGUCAAUGAUUAGAAUGUUCCUAGAUUUGCUUUUAUUUUCCCUUUGUUUGUCAUGCCAUUUUAGAGCUUUUUGUUUAUUUCAUUCUGGUAACUUGAAAUGUAUUGCUAAAAAAAACCCUAUUACACUAGACUUAACAUGGAUAUUUAACAAGCCAUUUAAAUGUAUUUAAAAUUCUAUUUUAAAUAAACAAAACAAUGCCUUGAAUUAUGUAAUUGUACAUCACUACUUGCAAAACUUUAACCAAUACCAACAAUCAUUGAACAAUGUUAUACCGUUUUUAUCAUCUAAAUAAAUGCAUUGCAAGAUUUGA